UGGAGAGUAAUUGCGAAGUAAUAUACACCCCGAGUAAAGAAAACAAUGCCUGAGCGCUCAUUAUGCGCAGAGCAGUUGCACUAAAAUGCGAAUAGAGCCAUGACUCCGUCGCUACCAUGUCUAUGGUCGCUAUCUAAACAUUGCUAUUUCCUGUGGAAGUGUACUGUCAACUUCCGUUGAAAUUAUUCGUAAACCACCACAACACCAGACAGCUGAUGGCCAAGAUGGCGACUGGGUAUGCAGGAGAGGCCACCUUGGACACGAAAGAAACUGGGGGCCAGAUUAAGGCAAUUCUACGGCGUUGUAGAGGUCGGCCCAGACUUACUGACUCCGACCGAGCGCAAAGGCGACUGGAGUCGAGGAAGAAGUACGACGUGCGGCGAGUUUACCUUGGAGAGUCACACAAGGUUUGGAGUGAGCUGCGCCGGCAAACUAGCUUGAGCGAUGCUGGACUAGCAGAGUAUUUAAUUCUGUUGAAUUCUGCGUAUGGGGAGCAGUAUCAGCAGCGAUAUGGCGGGAAGAAGACAAUCCCAGAACUGUGUGGCAAUCAUACAAAGGGCAAGAAAAUACCGGUUACCAGCUUGCAGACGUUAGUCAGCUGGUACCAGGAGCAUUCACAGAGCUGUCCUCAUGAGCCCCAGCUAAAAGCUCUUGAGCCAGUCCUUGGCCUGUCCACCUCCGUGCUUUGGCAGUGUGAUGCAGCACACUCGUUUGUGCAGCAGCUCUCCUGGCCAGCUGAGGGUGGCAGCGAGUCUGAGGCAGAGGAGGAGGCAGAGGGAGAGAUCGAGAGGGAGCACAGGGUAGAGAUUAUUUCGGGGGCCAGCACUCGUGCAAGACGGAAAGCACGCAAAGGUACAUACAAAUACAUAAAGCCUCUUGCCUCAGAGUACUGGUAAAUGGACAAUGAUGUCAUUAUGUGUUCACAUCGAGUGGCAGAUAUGAGGGCCAACAAUAGAUGGAUCACACGGGGGCCUUGGUAUCUCUGCACCUGAUAUCUAGGGAUGUUUAAAGGGUCUUUGGACAGAUUAUCCUUAAAAGUGAACUAUUUGGUGAUUUUACUCGCCUUUCUCCAAUACUUGGUGAGGCAGUAG